GAGGAAAUUUGCUAUGAUUCAUGAUUCAUUCAUAUCUAUCUGGAAUUGUUAGUCUUAUUAGUAUUUUGUGUUGUUAGUAUUGUUACUUUCUUAAUUAUUUAAUAUUACUUCAAAGUUCAUAUUCAUAAUAUCCUUCGAUUCUGAUUUGGCUUGUCAGAAAAAUUUCCUUGAUUUGUGGAAAACAAAGGUUAUAUGGAACUGACUGAUACCAUUUAUUACGUUCUUCUUGGAUUGGUUGUACUUCCUGUACAUUUAUUCUUCUCAUUGUGGUCUUGGCUUGGCUGGGAACUCUACGUGAACAAUUGAAGAUGAGUGGAAAUUUCAACGAAAAAGAUAAUAUUAACAACAUGAAGAGAAACCUGACGCUUGACUUCAAUAAGGUCAAAACAUUAAAUAUGCCAGUUGGAAAUUCUGGUUUACUAUUAUCACCUGAUUUAACUAUGUUGAAAGUAGACACUCCUGAAUUAGAAAGCAUGAUACUUGGUAAUCCUUCGGUUAAUACACCAACACCGUCAUUCUUCCCCAAAUCAGUAACAAUGGAACAAACAUCUUUUGUGAAUGGAUUCGAAGAAGCAUUGAGCAAAUUACACAAUUCAAACGGAUCUGAUAGUAACACAAGCACUAUCUACAAUGACACACCAUUUCUACCAAUUGUUAAAGAAGAACCACAAACUGUACCUAACACAAAUUCUCCACCAAUGUCUCCAGUAGAUAUGGAAUAUCAAGAAAGAAUGAAGUUGGAACGAAAAAGACAAAGAAAUCGACUCGCAGCUUCUAAGUGUAGAUCUCGUAAGCUUGAAAGAAUAUCAAAGCUGGAAGAUAAAGUUAAACAGCUCAAGUGUGAGAACACUGAUUUGGCUACACAUUUGGCACAGUUGAAAGAAACGGUGGGAUUACUUAAAUUAGAGGUUAUGGAGCAUGCCAAUGCUGGAUGUCCGAUUAUAGUAUCUCAAUUUUAGAAGAUUUACUAUCCUCGAGCAUAAGAUUAUAGUAAGUUAAUUUUGACAUUCCCAUACACUGAAAGGUAACAAAUGGGAUAAAGAUUAUAUAUAUAUAAUUUUGACAUUGACUUACUAUCAUCGAGCAUAUGAUUAUAGUAAGUUAAUUUUAACAUCGACUUACUAUCAUCGAGGAUCCAGCAUUUUCAUUUUUCUUAGGAAAAAAGCGAAAGAUAUUUUGGAUUUGUUAUUUAAUAAAAGUCAGAAUUUAUUAUAUUUAGAGUAUAAUUUUGUAUCUUAUGCCAUAUGGAGUAUUUUGUAUAUACAUAUAUAUAUAUAUAACAGUUGAAUAAAUAAUUAAUUUUUUUGUA